UUCAUUAUAAAACAUUUUAUUUGAAAAUCAGAAAAAAAAAAACAGCUGUAGUAGUCAUCAAAUUGUAAAAGUUUUGAUAUUAUUAGGAAACAGAGAAAAUUAUUGUUUUUUAUUAUAAAAAAUAUCUGGAUUACUUCUUAUGUAUGUGCAGUGCGUUUAAAAAUAUUUGUGAAAUCUUGUUUUAGUUUGAAAAGCUUAUAAAAGGAAAAUAUAGAAUGUCCGAAGAGGACGUGAUAAAAAUCGAUCAACCCCAAGAGUUGAGCUUUGAAAAAUGCCCGGAAAGUCAAGAAGAGCAAGAAAAACGUCAAAAAAUUGAACAACUAUUGAAAGAUGGCAAUGGAAAAAUUGAAUUGAAAAUGUUAAGGGAAUUAGCUCGAUCAGAUCAUGGCCUUGUAACAGAUGACUUGCGAAGAAAAUUAUGGCCUCAAUUGGCUGGUGUCGAUGUUACAUCUUUGGAUCCAGCUCCCAAAUUAAGUGACCUACAGACUCAUCCUGAAUACAAUCAGGUCGUAUUAGACGUAAAUAGAUCGUUGAAACGUUUCCCACCCGGUAUUCCUUACGAACAACGUAUUGCACUUCAAGAUCAGUUGACCGUCUUAAUAUUACGAGUAAUUAACAAAUAUCCAAAUUUACGAUACUACCAAGGCUACCAUGAUGUGGCAGUAACUUUUCUUCUCGUUGUCGGCGAAGAAGUGGCAUUCGCUGUGAUGGAAGAACUCUCAACAAAUCAUUUUUCCGAAUGCAUGCAAGAAACCAUGGAUGCUACCCAAAAGAGACUGAUGUUCAUAUGGCCUGUUGUUAAUUUCGAAAAUCCAAAACUAUUUCAAUUUUUGCAACGUUCUUCCGUCGGUACUUUAUUUGCUUUGCCGUGGUAUUUAACAUGGUUCGGACAUAGUUUGAACUCAUACAAAGCAGUCGUACGUUUGUACGAUUACUUUCUGGCCUCACCAAUUUAUUCGCCAAUAUUUGUAACGGCAUCGAUAAUAUUGCACCGCGCUGAAGAUAUUUUGCUUGAAGAAUGUGAUAUGGCCAUGAUACAUUGUCUACUCUCCAAGUUACCAGACAACUUGCCAUUUGAAGAUCUGUUAAAAACAUCGAGUAAUCUUUAUGAAAAAUAUUCUUUGACCGUUAUUGAAAAAGAAGUGGAGAAAUUAAUUCAACUAGAAAAACAGCAAAGAAUAUUGGAGGAAAAAAUGGCUUUGGAGAGACGCAAGAAAAUUGCGCGAAAUACGAGGCCAAAUGGCAAUUAUUUGAUCAAUCAUUUAUUGCCCCAAUUGCUAACACCAAAAUCAUUUAUUGUUACCACGGCAUUUUCGUUACUUGUUGGUAUUUGUGCAUACUAUUACAAAAGUCAAUACAUGUCUACCGGUAUUAGUUGAGUAAGUCUGAACUUGCUGCCGUCUAUGUCAAGAGCUCUACGGCAUGCAACACCUCCGCAUUCAGGUUGGAUGAUAGGAUUUACAAUAUUUUAAUUUUAUCAUAUUAAGAGAUUGUGGGUUGCUUAAGUCUCUAUAUAAUUAGUUUAAAUCUCACAUCAAUUUUUUUGUUUUUUUUUUACCAGCAUUUAAAUUUAAGUUGAAUUAUAAAAUAUGAUAAAAAAUUUUACUUGUUUUUGGUUAUUUGUACUACUAUAAGGAAUAAACUGUGUGGUAUACUAACAUAUUUCUAUAUUUGUGGUUUACUUUCGAUAAUAAUAUGUAAAUGUUUCAGACAAAAAGAGUGAUUGCAUAAUCUUGUAUAAUAAAAUAAUUUAUGAAUUUAUUUAUAGGUAUAUAUUUAAUUUAUUUUCUAUUUUUAAAAUAUUGUUAAAAAGACAAACACUAA